GCAGGGGCGCGCGACACAAUGGCGAGGAAACACGACUCGUGUUCUCUGUCUGAUCUUUAACACUGAACGAGAUUGCGAUUGGAAAAUGGACGAACUGACGUGAGCUCGUGGUGGAAGUACAGAGUGUAGUGACCGACAGCACCGACAGAGACUCCGGUUAAACUUGGGCAGUCUAACGGAGCGCUGAGGCAGGAGGAAGGAGGCAAUGAGCGGAAACGGAGCUCCGGGAGCGCAGGAUGCGGCGCAGAACAACAACUCCGCCGAUCCUCCUCUUCCUCCACCUCAUCAUCCCGGACAGACCCGAAUCCCGACGGCACCGAGCUCGCAGGACGCACUGACCUCCUGUUCUUCCUCUUCCUCCUUUUCCUCGUCCUCCGCCGGGCGCGUGGCGCGGACCUGGGUGCGCUUCGCCAAAGCCUUCGUGCUCAUCUUUCCCGUCUACGCGCUCGGCUACUUCGAGUGCAGCGUCAGCUGGUUACUGAUCGGACUCGCCAUCUUCUUCUUCUGGAGAAAGAACUCGGGCUGUAAGAGCUCCAGGCUGAGCCGAGCUCUGGCGUUUCUCCAGCAGCAGCAGCGAGAGAUGGAGGAAGAGGAAGAGGAGAAGAGCGGAGCCGCGCGCGCACUGGAAACCACCGAGCUGCCCUCAUGGGUUCACUUUCCAGACGUGGAGAGAGUAGAGUGGAUCAACAAGACGGUGAAUCAGAUCUGGCCUUAUGCUUGUCGCUUCCUGGAGAAACUCUUUCGGGAGAACAUCGAGCCAGCGGUGAAGGGAACAAACACACACCUCAGCACGUUUUCCUUUACCAAGAUAGAUCUGGGGGACAAGCCUCUCAGGGUCAACGGAGUCAAAGUUUACACAGAGAACGUGGACACGCGCCAGAUCAUCAUAGACCUCCAGAUCAGCUUCGUGGCAAACACCGAAAUCGAGAUGUACAUCAAGCGAUAUUACUGUAAAGCUGGAAUUAAGAGCAUACAGCUCCAUGGUGUGAUGCGUGUGGUGUUGGAGCCACUGAUGGGGAAAAUGCCGCUGGUCGGUGCCUUCUCUCUCUUUUUCCUCAAGAAACCGCUCCUGGAUGUGGGCUGGGCCGGACUCACCAACAUCCUGGACAUUCCUGGACUUAAUGGAUUCUCAGACAGCCUGAUCCAGGAUGUUAUCUCAAGCUACCUGGUGCUGCCAAACAGGAUCACGGUGCCACUAGUGGGCGACGUAGAGCUGGAGCAGCUGCGGUUUCCAAUGCCUAAGGGAGUAUUAAGGAUCCACUUCCUUGAAGCCCAAGAUCUUGAGGGGAAAGACAAGUUGUUCGGUGGUUUGAUCAAAGGCAAAUCAGACCCAUACGGAGUUGUCCAGGUUGCUAAUCAGAUUUUUCAGAGCAAAACCAUUAAAGAGUGUUUAAACCCCAAGUGGAAUGAAGUGUUUGAGGCGACGGUGUAUGAAUAUUCUGGACAGCAUCUAGAGAUUGAGCUGUUUGAUGAAGACCCAGACAAAGAUGACUUCCUGGGCAGUCUAAUGAUUGAUCUGACGAAGCUUCACAAGGAGCAAAAAGUUGAAGAGUGGUUUGACCUAGAGGAAGCCUCCAGCGGAAAACUGCAUCUGAAACUUGAGUGGCUUUCACUGAGGUCUGAGCCUGAUAAGCUAAAGCAGGUGUUGUGGAGUAUCAGGACCAAUGACAGUUUGUCUUCUGCGCUGUUGAUGGUUUACCUCGACUCUGCCAGGAACCUUCCAAGAGUGUUCGAGGGCAGCAUCAGCUGUGGUAACGAGCGAGGCAGGAGAGGGUCUGGUCUGGUGUUUUCCGACGACUCGUCUUCACUCUGUAAAUCAUUCCUUUCUGGGAGGAAGGUGAACAGUGACCCGAGCCCUUACGUCCAGUUAACGGUCGGACAGAAGACGUACGAGAGCAAGGUCCGCUAUAAGACGUGUGAGCCACUGUGGGAGGAAGCAUUUACCUUCCUGGUUCACAACCCGCACACUCAGGAACUACAGUUGGAGGUAAAGGACGAUAAACACAAGUGCAUGUUAGGUAACGUGCGAGUGGCAUUAACACGUUUACUGAAAGAUGAGGAUAUGACUCUGGUGCAGCAGUUCCCCUUGAACAGCUCUGGCCCAAACAGCACACUCAAACUCAAGCUGGUGCUCAGGAUUCUUUGCCUUGAAAAGGAGACCAUAUUGGGUCAACCAUCCUUAGUCCAAGUCUGUCAUGCCAGCGAAAGUGUUACAAUGCCACAAACAAACCCUACCACAAUCACCACCACCACACACUCUAGUUUAACCACACACUCCACCCCCACUACUCAUACCACCCUUUGCAACUCUACUGCCCCUACUGGGGUCACUCUACGUGGGAAGAGAGGUUCGGAGGGCUCACCGGUGAGCCUGGCUCAGACUGAAAUGCAAAAAGACUUCCCACGGAGGGAUUCCGCAUGCAGGGACUCAUCACGCAGAAACUCAACACACAGGGACUCAACACAGAGAGACUCAACACACAGAGAUUCAACACAAAGUCUGGCAUCGGACACUUCACUACCCUCAGCUGCUCUGGAGUUAAAACACAGACUGGAACAGCUGCAGAAUGGUUCUAUGCAGUAUCCUCUGGGGGAGGUGCAGCUCACUAUCAGACACAGUUCUCAAAGAAACAAGCUUAUUGUUGUGGCACAUGCUUGCCGUAAUCUGAUCUCAUUGGGGAAAGACAGCUCGGACCCUUACAUCCGUCUCUACCUGCUGCCAGAUAAGAGCCGGAGCUGCCGAAGGAAAACUAGUACUGUGAGAAAGAAUCUCAACCCAAUCUAUGACCAGUCUUUUGAGUUCAAUGUGUCGGCGGUUGAGCUGCAUAGGAGGACCCUGGAUGUAGCAGUGAAAAACGCAGGGGGACUGCUGUCCAAAAAUAAAGGUCUGCUGGGCAAGGUUCUUGUGGAUUUGGGAAGUGAAGAGAUUUCUAAAGGAUGGACUCGAUGGUAUGAUCUGAGUGCAGAUGGAUCUUACUGAUGUGUGAUAGCAUGAUUUAAAAAAAAGAUGAAACUGUGAACGUCAACGAAACCAGGCUAAUGAAACCAGGCUGCUUCUGCUGGGACUCCACACACACACACACACACACACACACACACACAUACACAGACUCACAUUUAUAUAUAUAGAUAGGAUUGACAGUGUGUGUGUGUGUGUGUGUGUGUGUGUGUCGCCUUCUCUUAUAGUCACUGACAUUAUUUCUAUUCCAUUUGAAUAGAAAUUCUUUUUCUCGCACUUUCAAGCAACACACAAAUUGUAAACAUAUGCACACAUCUACACACAUUCUACACAAAUUGUACACACAGUAUAAACAUAUACACACAUCUACACACACAAAGACCCACACUCUAUAAACAAAUACACAUUUUACACAUGCUCUACACACACACACAUUAAAAACAUAUACACACAUCUACAAAUACUUUACACACGCACACAUUCUGAACAUCUACACACACUCUACAUACACAGUAAACAUAUACACACAUCUACAAGCAUUCUACACACACACUGUAAAUGUAUACACACAUCUACACACACACGGUAAACAUAUACGCACAUAUACACAUUCUACACACACUCUACACAAACACACACUCACUCACACACAUUAUAGACAUAUAUACAGACAUCUCCACACAUUCACACACACACACACACACACACACACACUGUAAACGUAUACACAUAUUCCACACACACAUACACACACAUUCUACACACACACACCAGGUCCCACUGAUGAAUCUUUCAGUAUAAUUGUGUCUAAAUGUUUUUUUUUUUAUCGAAUUGAAGUAUGUUGAUAAAAGCAGUCGGACCCUGAACAUUCACGGCACACACACUUAGCCACGCCCUCAAAACUCCAUAAAAGGGCAUAGAGAGCUAAAACUGACACAGUGACCACUAUCGAUUACACACAUUCAUUCGCUACCUCAGGCCACGGGGAGCCUGUGCCUAUCUCAGGCGUCAUUGGGCAUCAAGGCAGGAUACACCCUGGACGGAGUGCCAACCCAUCACAGGGCACACACACACACUCUCAUUCACUCACACACACACACACUCAUUCACUCACACACUACGGACAAUUUUCCAGAGAUGCCAAUCAAACUACCAUGCAUGUCUUUGGACCAGGGGAGGAAACCGGAGUACCCGGAGGAAACCCCAGAGGCACGGGGAGAACAUGCAAACUCCACACACACAAGGCGGAGGCGGGAAUCGAACCCCCAACCCUGGAGGUGUGAGGCGAACGUGCUAACCACUAAGCCACCGUGCUCCCCGAUUACACACAAGGAAGUCUAAAUGGAAAUUUACACAAAUUCAAGAAAACACAGACAUUUUUUUUUAAAUGCUUACACACACAGAUGUGCACACACCCAUCUCACACACACAAACACACACACAUACACAUACACACUCAAUCCAUUCAUUUACAUUCACCAGCUGUUGAUGUGCUGCUAUUAAUAAAAUCACACCGAAUGACAAGUGAACACACGUAUGUGUGUACGCGCGUGUGUGUGUGUGAGAGAGAGAGAGAGACAGAGAGAGAGAGAGAGAGAGAGCAAAAGAGAGAGUUACACGCUGACUCUGUCGAGUGCCUCGAUUUGACAGUGAGCAGCUUUCUUACUGCUCCAUGUACAUCAUAAAUCUUGGAAGUUUUGAUUUUGAACUCUUUUUUUUUUGUACUUGGGUUUUGUUGUCUUGAGAAAAUGUAGCCUUCUUAAUGAAGAUGGACAACAAACAAAACACAACACUGCUGGCCAAAGACGAGAGCAUUCAAAACCAGAAAACCACAGCAAGACUGUACAUAUGUUGGAAAUUUUAAUGAUUGUGGAUUUUCAUGUUCUGCUGUGUUUUUUUUAAUUAUUAUUAUUAUUAUUAUUAUUAUUAUUAUUAUUAUUAUUAUUAAACGCUUGUUCUACUUGACCAUGACACUUCUGUAUAUGACCUUAAAGAUCUAUGAGAUGGAGGAAGAUUUUAUUUUUAAAGCAUCUUAUUUUACAUUAAGGUUACGACGACAUUCUGAAGGAAGAAAAAAAAUAUAUGAAAAUGAUGUUUAUUAAAGUUAAAAAAAAACA